UAAAGGAAGGGAAAGGAGGCGAUUAGUUGCUGCCACAUGGAGGAAUAGAUUUCUGAUGGAAAAAGAGAAGCUGUGGCUUCUCAUGGCCAGGGGGGGCAUUUCACUCCUGGCUGUGUUCUCACCCCAUCACAGCUUCCAGCGUUCUUAUUGUCAUUAUUACUUUAGCAACGUUUUCCAGGUGGGAUCCUUAGAAGGGAUCUUUAGGAGGGAUCCUUAAAAGAGAUCCUUAGAAGGCACUUUCUGUUUUCUAACGUUUCUCUUGCCAUUACCCAGACGUUUUUUUCAUUCCAAACUGCAGUGGAUUUAACCCCUGAGAGGGAAGCAGUACGAGGAGGUGCAAUUUGUUAACCUCUCAAUGCAUGUUUCUGAGACUUUUUUUUUUAGUAGUUACAUCCCAAAUUUGUCCCAGGACAUGUAUUCGUUCCAGCAGUGUAGCAUUAGUGACAGCACCUGCACUGGCUUCCCAUUGCAUACUAGAGAACUCCUCGCUGCUCUCGGUCCUUCCUUAGCAAACAGCAUCCCUGUAUUUCCAAAAUUCAGCAUAACAAAGGUGGUUGGUGCAAUUAAUGUCCUGCCUACCCUUGACUAAGAAAGGAGCUCUCAGCAUGCCACCCACUUCCCGAGACCCCUGACCAUGUUCCCUGGCAGCAAGAUCCCAAAACAGCAAUCAUUAGCCAGAGCUUCAGGCUCUCUCUGACAAGACCCCGAUUUUUCCAUCAGUUGUGUGGUUCCUCUGACCUCCAGCCCGGGAUUGGGCUGAUGGUUUUAUCUGAGCCUGGACUCCCCCCACAGACACUUCUGCCUCCUUAAUGACCCAAGGACUGAGCGCUUCCAGCACACCAGAUCUAGUUCUCACGAGCUGAGGGAGUUUUUUUUCCUAAAGGUACAGUCACGUGCUGGCUAGAUACAUCACUUAGUAAACACAAUAUAAAAAUGAUAAAAAGGAAACCAUUUCUCAUAUACAGCCCGACAAAGGGAUUUUAUGCCGCCGCACAAACUGCAGUUCUGCUUACAGAAUAAAGCAUGGCUUUAUAUGCAAUGGGGAGAAAGUGAGCACGGGAGGCAUAGCUGAGCGUUUUCUGACGGUUAACUCAGUUGCAGUGUGGUGCAGAUGACGUUUUUGCUGGGGGGUUACUAAGGUGGAGGGCAGAGCUGCACUCAAGCUGUCCGCAAGCACUGCGAGCAACCCAGGGUGCAGCCGUGCUUCAGAGCUCCAGAGGAUUUAUCCCCGAGGCGGAGAAACAAUUACCUGAACGGAGAGAUAGAGCUCGUUACUGAGAUACUGCCUAAAUGAGAAAAUAUAUCCUUAUGGAAAUAGCGACGCUAAGAUGGGGGGGAUGACUGGGGAGAUGCAAAGCCAGCCGGAGGAAACAAGCAGGGCAGGAGGCAAAGCAGGGAGGCAGCUUGGCAGCAGGGCUUAGGCUGAGCCUGCACGUUACAUCCCUCCAUAUCGGGGUGUCACUCCCAGAGAAGAAAUGCACCAUCCGCUCCAGAUCUGGAAGCGGUUCAGGAAAGCUCCCCUCUCCCACCCCCUAUCCUCCCACCGAGCCGGCGCCGGUCGCACAUAGGCACAGACGGCUUCAGGGAGGCUGCUGCCUUCCUACCCCCGUUACCGUGGCAACCUCCCGGGCUCCCCCAGCCCCGCGCCGCCGCCGCUACCGCCGGAGCUGCUCGGCAGCCGCCUGCCGCCGCCGGCCAUGGAACUGCUGGCCGCGGCGCUCAGCGCCGCCUGCGCCCUCGACCAGGACGGCUCUGCGGGACAGCCCGGCAGGAAUCCCCCCGCGGCCGCCGAGGACAGCCCCACCGCCGCCGAGGCGUCGCCGCCCGCCCACCCUAUGACGGCCGACUCGUGGAGGAACCUCAUCGAGCACAUCGGGCUCUUGUAUCAGGAGUAUCGAGAUAAAUCUACGCGCCAGGAGAUCGAAACCAGGCGGCUGCAGGAUUCACAGACAGACCCUGAGGAGAGUUCGCCCAGUGAGGAAACCCCACCUGAGACAGAGCCUGCAAGUACCCCCGAGAGCAAAGCUGCACCACAGUUCAAUUUGCUGAGGAACUCCAACUCCAGGUUCAACUUAUGGCAGGACCUGCCGGAGAUCCAGAGCAGCGGGAUCCUCAGCAUCCUCCAGCCGGAUGAGAUCAAGCUGCAGGAGGCAAUGUUUGAGCUGGUUACUUCCGAAGCCUCGUACUGCAAGAGUCUGAAUCUACUGGUGUCUCAUUUCAUGGAGAAUGAGCGUCUAAAAAAGAUCUUACAUCAGUCUGAGGCACACAUCCUCUUCUCCAACGUCCUGGAUGUCAAGGCUGUUAGUGAGCGAUUCCUGCUGGACCUGGAGCGGCGGGUUGAGGAGAACAUUGUGAUCUCGGAUGUGUGCGAUAUUGUGUACCAGCAUACAGUUGAUCACUUCUCUGUGUACAUCACCUAUGUCUCCAACCAGACCUACCAGGAGAGAACUUACAAGCAGCUUCUCCAGGACAAGCCAGCCUUCCGGGAGGUGAUCACACAGCUGGAGCUGGAUCCCAUGUGCAGAGGUUUAUCCUUUUCUUCCUUCCUGAUUCUGCCAUUUCAAAGGAUCACUCGGCUCAAGCUUCUGGUGCAGAAUAUUUUGAAGAAAGUGGAAGAGAAAUCAGAGAGGGAAACCACUGCUCUGGAAGCGCAUAAGGAGCUGGAAACAGUGGUGAAAGCAUGCAAUGAAGGAGUCAGGAAGAUGAGCCGAACAGAGCAGAUGAUCAGCAUCCAGAAGAAACUGGAAUUUAAGAUCAAGUCUGUGCCCAUCAUCUCUCACUCCCGCUGGCUGCUGAAGCAGGGGGAACUGCAGCAAAUGAACGGCCCAAAGACAUCGCGGACGCUGCGCACCAAGAAACUCUUCAGAGAAAUCUACCUGUUCCUUUUCAACGAUCUGCUGGUCAUCUGCCGGCAAAUUCCAGGAGACAAGUACCAAGUGUUUGACUCAGCGCCCCGGGGGCUUCUUCGGGUGGAGGAGUUAGAAGACCAGGGGCAGAGUUUGGCCAAUGUCUUCAUCUUGAGGCUGCUGGAGAAUGCUGAUGACCGGGAGGCCAGUUACAUGCUGAAGGCAUCGUCGCAGAGCGAGAUGAAGCGUUGGAUGAUUUCACUGGCCCCAAACCGGCGAACCAAGUUUGUUUCAUUUACAUCCAGACUUUCUGAUUGCCCGCAGAUCCAGUGUGUCCACCCCUACGUGGCCCAGCAGCCAGAUGAGCUGUCCUUGGAGCUGGCUGACGUCCUCAACAUCCUGGACAAGACAGAUGACGGCUGGAUAUUUGGGGAGCGGCUUCACGACCAGGAGAGGGGCUGGUUCCCCAGUUCUAUCGGGGAGGAGAUCCUGAACCCCAAAAUCCGUGCCCAGAACUUGAAGGAAUGUUUCCGGGUGCACAAGUCAGAUGACAGCCAGCGGAGGAAACUGGGCAGCAGGAGCCGCCAAUGACUGCUGGCAUCCCCGAGCGUGGGGAGCAGCCUGGGAGAGGAGCAGAGGACAGAGGCUGCCAGCUGGGGGGACACGGUGGCGGUGCUGGGGGCCGUGGCACGGGACCUGGUGUGCCACACCAAGCAUGUCCACCCUUGAACGCAUGGACCUCAGUUCCCAGGCGGCCUGCUGUGCUUUCUACAGUGCUGAGCCCUCCUUGGAAAGCAGUGCUUCGAGCUGGCUGAAAUCAUCCCUUUCCAAAGAGUGUGAGCCCAAACUGGCACCACAUGAAGGCCCUGGGUGCCAACCAAGGGAACCUGGGGCAGCAAAUGGAACUCAGCAAUUAGCAUCGUCCACUCGCACCUCAUUGCUACCAUUUGAGUUCGGGGCUCUCUUAAAGCCGCACCUCAUAGGGAUGGGAAUUCCGGUGGAGGAAUCGUCUCACAUCGCUUCACACAGCCCUCUGGCACCAGGCUUGGGAGAAGCCCCCAGGACUCCAUUUCCCCAAUGAAGUUGAUGAAGGCAUCUCCUGGGUAGACCCUCGACCUGCUCCCCAACGCUCUGAUGUGCUCUGAAAGCCCUGCUCUACCAGCAGCCUCACCUCAGAGGCCCCAACCUCCGUUCCUGCUCACCUGAAGGCCUCAAAGUGCAUCUGGGCCCUGCCUCAUGGCUCAUCCCCUCCCUCAGCUGCUGCAGAGGCAUGGCACCAUGGCUUUCCCAGGCUGAUCCGGUGCUUUUGGGAAGACAGGCUGCUCAUGGUCUCUGCUGCACCUACCGCGGCGUGCUGCAGGGCUCCAGGAGUGCCAGCGGGCAAGCAGCAUGCAGUGAAUGACAGCACCCCUGGAGCUGCUGUGCUGCACGGUAGAAGGCUCAGCAACACGCCUGCAUGCUCGUAACCCACACCUCCAGCUGCGUGCAGCCUCCCUGUACAGUUCAUGUAAAUACGCAGUCCUCUGCUGCAAGCAGAGCCAGACCAUCACUUGCUCCAGUUGUGGCACUGAGCAUCGCAUGAAGCCCAGGGCACAGCGCCCCAAACAGCCCCACAUGUGACCACAGCAGAGAGCACUGGGCGUACAGCUUGGGCUGUGCUGCUCCUGAGCUGCAGCCACCACCCGUUAUGGAAUCAGGAUUAUUGGGCAUUUCUGUAACGCAGCAAGGAGUCUUCCAGGCACUGCCGUGUGCUGCAGUGGUGUGCGGGCUGUAUUCCAGAAGGGGACACAGAUCAGUGUGGGGUCCUGGUUAUGUGAGAGCUGUGCAGUGAGCCCAGGAUGCAGCUGGGGGAAGCUGCUGUAACAAAAGGAGCACAGAAGGGGGUCCGCCCUUGGGCCAGCUCCAUGCCACCACACACACAGGGCCCCAGGGAGGGCUGGGACAGGUCUACAGCCUCCAGCUUGAUGCAGUGGGCUCACCUGAUGGGGAUGCCCCAAGUCAGGCCCCCAGAAGAGCACACCACAAGCACUGUCUGAGCACAAUCAGACCUCCGGGUCCAGGUUCAGACCUGGCAGCAGCUGCAAGAUCUCCCACGCGAACCCCAGAGGAGCUCCAGCCUCAGGCAGCCCUCUGAGUUACCCACUGAACUGAGUACAUCACAGCCCAUCCAGUUUAGCAGAGCCACAGCCAGCACAGCCCUGUGCUGAAGCCCCACAGGGGCUGCUUAACAGUACAGAAGUGCUCCCUCACCCACCAGAAGCAGCUGUUCACCAGUGGAGGGGCCCAGAUUCCCCACUAUCAGGAUACCAGCACCUGGCUGUGUUGCCUGUGGGAAGGAGAGGGGCCUAUGGCUGCCCACGCGCUGUCCCCUCACACCCUGGACUCGCUCCAGCUCUGUUGUGACUUCUGAUGACUUCAAACCUUAAGCACAGGCUGUGCCAUUUCCAGGCACCAAGUGGCAUCCAGUGUUAUUUCCUCAGACCCGGCCAUGCAUGCCUUUUCAUGGGUGUGCAGCUGCAGCUCCCACAGCCUCUGCCAGGCUGCUGCAGGGCACUGAGGGGAACUUCUCGUCGUCUCGUUUUCUGUGUGAUGAAAUACAGCUGAGUGAGCCAGCGCCA